AUGUCGACAGCCGUUGAGCUCGCGCCCCACAAUUUUGGUCACCAUACCAUGUUUGACAGCAUGGCACGACCUGUAAACGGAUGGCACCAGGAGGCACAUGCUCCCAGGAAUGGAGGCUACUAUCACCGAGAGCCGCAACCGAGUCAGCCACCCCGGCUGCCUUCCAUGGCGGCCAUCAUCUCAAGCGCAACACAGGGCCAGGUGCUCUCGAACGGGCGAGAUGGAUAUCCUGGCAAGCCCGGGUACUAUUCCGACUACGCUACCCCUUCUCCGGUUCAGCAAACACCGCCCCAACUUCCAAUCGUAACCAGUGAUCCGCAUUCCGCCUCGAGGCGGACAGACGACCGCCUGUCACCGGCUCAGUCAUCAACCGGCAGCGACAGGUCUUCAGACGAGUUCCAAGAGAUUCUUCGGAUGCGACAGAUGGCCAGAGAAAAUACCCAGGGACAUGUCCCGAGGCUGUACCAACCACAUCGCCAACGUCGAGAGACACUCCACCAAGAAGCCCUUCCUGAGAUGCACAUGGCCAAGUUGGCGCAAGGGUACCCGGGACCCAACGGCAGACCUACACCACCCUCACAUCACGCACAAUCCCCACCCACAUCACAUAUGAGCUCGUCUCCUCGUCAGGAGACAAAGUCCAUGAGCAUCUCGAACCUCCUCAGCGACGAGCCCAAGAACAACAUAUCCAAGGUGCCCAUGCCCAUGCCAAUGCCCAUGUCCUGCCCGACAGGGGCUUCCAAAUAUAGGAUACAAGUCCGCCAACAACCUUAUGCCGCCCGGUCCUGCGGCUUCGGGGAGAGGGACCGACGUGUGAUCGACCCACCACCAAUCGUGCAGCUCACGAUUGACGAUCCCGACCAAUCACAAGAUGAAAUAAGUCGCCGGAUCAGGCACCCGUUCUCGGUCGUACACUGCUCGAUCUGGGACGAGAGCGGUGUCAAGGAUAUGUCUUCCAUGCCCGAAGAUUUCCGGCAGCAGAGGCGGUUGAUGGGCACGCUCGUCGCCUCCCCCUUUGUGGGUCUUGACGAGAACGGCGAGGAGGGCUGCUUCUUCUGCUUCCCGGACCUGUCCUGUCGGACACCGGGUUCGUUCAGCCUCAAGUUUGCCCUCGUCGUGCUCGACCCCACCCACAUGCGGCCCGGCAUGAAGUCGCAGAUCGUGGCGACGGCCAUGUCCGAGAUCUUCCAGGUGUUCAACGCAAAGGACUUCCCCGGCAUGAAGGCGAGCACGCCCCUGACGAAGCGGCUCAAGGAGCAGGGCUGCCUCAUUAGCAUCAAGAAGGGCAACGAGAAGACCAGCGCGUCCCACGGCCGGGACGAGAGUAACGACGAGGACGACGAGGAUGAGGGUGAAUCGAAAGGCAGAGGCCGCAAGAGACAGAAGAAGAGUUCAUAA